GCAGGUGUAAAAGUGCGUACCAUCCUGAGCUGAAGAGCUACAGCAGAAGCGCUCAGUGGUGGUAAAAGGGCUGCAGGACACACUAGAUUGUACGGGUCCGGCACGAUGCUGCGCAAUCUGAACCGCGCUCUGUCCCCGGCCGUGCAGGCUGCGGCGCACAGUGCAAGCAAGAACUCCACGCAGCUCGAGUUUGUGCGCAACUUUGCUGCCAAGGAUGUCAAGUUUGGGGUGGAUGCGCGCGCUGCGAUGCUGCACGGUUGCGAGCAGCUGGCAGACGCAGUCAAGGUGACGAUGGGACCAAAGGGGCGCAAUGUUGUGAUCGAGCAAGCAUUUGGGGGGCCGAAGAUCACGAAGGACGGCGUGACGGUGGCCAAGAACAUUGAGUUCAAGGACCGGCUGACCAACCUGGGGGCCAGCCUCGUUAAGCAGGUGGCCAGCGCCACCAAUGAUGUGGCGGGGGAUGGCACCACUGCUGCUACGGUUCUGACUCGGGCCAUCUUUGCGGAGGGGUGCAAGUCGGUGGCGGCGGGCAUGAACCCGAUGGACCUGCGGCGAGGCAUUCAGGCGGCUGUGGACCAUGUGGUGCAGCACCUCAAGAGCCGCGCCAAGAUGAUUAGCACCUCCGAGGAGAUUGCACAGGUGGGUACAAUUUCCGCGAACGGCGAUCGUGAGAUUGGCGAGCUGAUAGCGCGCGCGAUGGAGAAGGUGGGCAAGGAGGGCGUGAUUACGGUGCAGGAGGGCCGCACGCUGACCAACGAGCUGGAGGUGGUGGAGGGCAUGAAGCUCGACCGCGGCUACAUCUCGCCCUACUUCAUCACCAACACCAAGACGCAGAAGGCGGAGCUGGACAACCCUCUGAUCCUGAUCAUCGAGAAGAAGGUGUCGGGUAUGGCCUCCAUCAUCCCCGUCCUCGAGCUGGCGCUCAAGUCACAACGGCCGCUGCUGGUGGUGGCGGAGGACGUGGACAACGAGGCGCUGGCGACGCUGAUUGUCAACAAGAUGCGGGCGGGGGUCAAGGUGGCUGCCAUUAAGGCACCCGGGUUUGGCGAGAACCGGAAAGCGAACCUGCAGGAUCUGGCGGUCCUCACGGGGGGACAGGUGGUGAGCGAGGAGCUGGGGCACCGGCUAGAGAACGUGGGACCCGACAUGCUGGGCUCCGCUAAAAAGAUCACAAUAUCGAAGGACGACACGAUUGUGCUAGACGGCGGGGGCGACAAGAAGGCGAUCGAGGAGCGGACUGAGCAGAUCCGGGACGGCAUCAACCAGGCGACGUCCGACUACGACAAGGAGAAGCUGCAGGAGCGGCUGGCCAAGCUUUCCGGCGGGGUCGCAGUCAUCAAGGUGGGUGGCGCCAGCGAGGUGGAGGUCGGGGAGAAGAAGGACCGCGUGACGGACGCGCUGAACGCGACCAAGGCCGCCGUCGAGGAGGGCAUUGUCCCAGGUGGUGGCUCCGCGCUCUUGUACGCGACCAAGGAGCUGGCUAAGGUGUCUGAAAAGGCCGCCAACUUCGACCAAAAGAUCGGCUAUCAGAUCAUUCAAAACGCGCUUAAGGUGCCCACGUAUACGAUAGCCCAGAACGCGGGCGUCGAAGGGGCGGUAGUGGUCGGGAAGCUGCUGGAGCAGGACAACCCGAACCUGGGCUACGACGCGGCCAAGGGCGAGUAUGUCGACAUGGUAAAGGCGGGCAUCAUCGACCCCGUGAAGGUCGUCCGCACGUCGCUUACGGACGCUGCCAGCGUGGCAUCCUUGAUGACCACGACGGAGUGCACGAUCGUGGAGGCGCCCAAGGAGGAGGCCGCGGGCAUGCCCCCAGGCAUGGGCGGAAUGGGUGGAAUGGGCGGGAUGGACUUCUGAAGGCGUCGGGGGUCACGUAAAGCUUUUUGACAUGCAAGAGUCAGCUUGCGGGCGGUCGAAUUGAUCAAGCCUCGUGAUCUAGGUUAGUGGGAUAGGUUACAUGUGCGAACACGAAUGGGAACCUCUGCGGAGGGGCGUUACAGUUUCACAGACAGAAACCCGCAUAAUUGAGCUAGGCCCAGGAGGUCUGCCUAACCGUCCCUUCGUACUUCUCGUGUAAAUACCUGGUGAAUCAAUGCUUCUAUCGCAAACAGGGAGAUGCUACGUACCGCUGUAGUCCACAUACAUCUUUAUCACGAUCUGCAAUCGGUCCCUGUGCGCGGGC